CUGGCGUUUCAUUUGUUGACUUGGUCUUAUCCACACGGAUCUAUCAAACACUCAGCUGUAGCUGACUAGUCACGGCAGGCAACAACAUAUAAAAUAAUUGGCUCACCUUAUCGAAAUAAAAACCAAGAUAGAAAUAAAUAUACGUUUUUUUGUUAUUUUAGUUGUAACGUUAGAUUUGUAAGGUGAUGGGUAGUUAUUUUAGAAGUGUUUUUUAUUUUAGUAGUAACGUUAGAUUUGUAAGGUGAUGGGUAGUUAUUUUAGAAGUGUUUUUUAUUUUAGUAGUAACGUUAGAUUUGUAAGGUGAUGAAAGUUAUUUUAGAAGUGUGUUUUAUUUUAGCAGUAACGUUACAUUUGUAAGGUGAUGGAAGUUAAUGUAUAAGUGUUUUAUUUUAGCAGUAACGUUAGAUUUGUAAUGUGAUGGGUAGUUAUUUUAUAAGCUUUUUUAUUUUAGCAGUAACGUUAGAUUUAUAAUGGGACAAAAACGUUGAACCCGGAGUGAAGGGAGGCGGGAUACAAGCUCCCUCCCUCUACCUUCGGGGAGGAAUCUGUUAUUUCCCAGUGCUUGCGAUGAACGCUGAGGAGACGGACAGCAACGUAUUCAUUUGCACGUUCAUCAUGAUUCCAACCCAUUGCCGUCAUGGCAACACCAAUGAAUUCUUCUGAGUAGUUUGACCGCAAAAUCAAAACAUAAAAAUGAAUUUGCUUGUUUUUCUUGCUUUGAUUAAUUUUCCAUUUACCCGAUGUGUGAGGGAUAUACCAAGACUCAUCUUGAGACAAGACAGGAUAGAAGGCCGGCUGGAAUAUAACCUUCCUCAGAACCACACAGUCUUCUUCCAACCAGAAGAUGGUGAUGAGCUGUACGUUGGAGGCACAGACUUUGUCUUUCAGAUUGAUGUGGAGUACAGUCGAAUCUUAGAGUUGUUCCCACUCGGCACGACAGCUGGACAGACCUGUGGAGAGGGUCCAUGUAAGAAUGUCAUCACUGUUAUCCAGAAGUUUCAGGACAGUCUGUUUGUCUGUGGGACCAAUGGGAACAAGCCCCAGUGCUGGAAGCUGUAUUCUCAGAUGCCCAAUCACACAUUUGAGAUUGCAAAGAGUUACGAAGGCACUGGACUCUCUCCUUACGUUUACUCCCAGAAUGCACUCUCCCUCACUGUAGAGGGGGACCUAUAUGCUGCAGCUCCUUUAUACAGCGAUGGGAGCUCAUUACAGUUCAGAAGGAAAGCUGGCAGCAGAACCAAUGUAUGGAUGUAUGACAAGUGGGUGACCGAGCCCACGUUCAUCUCCGCCUGCUGGGUGAGACGUAGGGAGGAGCCGGACAAGGAGAAGAUAUAUAUCUUCUUCAGGGAGAAGAACUCUGACAGCAGCCCUGAAGCUGAUCCCUGGAUCUCUAGAGUAGCACAAGUCUGUAAGGUGGAUGAAGGCGGUUCUAAGCGGUUCUUGCAGAACAUGUGGACGUCGUUCCUGAAGGCUCGGCUGGUGUGUGGGAUUCCCAACGAGUCGCUCUACUUUAACCGGCUCCAAGAUGUCUACGUGCUCCACGCGGAGGAAUGGAGGGACUCACAAGUCUAUGCUCUGUUCACUAGCAGCUGGAAUGCUACAGCUGUCUGCGUCUACUCCAUGGAAGAGAUCGACAGGAUAUUCCAGAACUCUCCCUUCAGGGGAUACAGUAAGGACAUUCCCAACCCAAGACCCGGAACAUGUGUCUCUGACAGUAAAGACCUGCCGUUGGCUACGGUGAACGUGAUAAAGGAUCACCCAGAGAUGACCGACUGGAUUCAUCCCAUCCAGCCUUACACCCCAUUCUACAUCUCUAACUAUAACUACACCAAGAUAGUUGUGGACCGAGUACAGGCUGCUGACUACACCACGCACAACGUCCUGCUGCUAGCAACUGACACUGGAAUGAUCCAUAAGAUCUUAAAUGAUCGUUUCAAACCUUUCAUCAUCUCAGAGACUCAUCUCUCCAACCACUCUGAUGUCAUCAGAUCCAUGAAACUGGACUCUAGAAAGAGGAAACUGGUGGUGGGUUUGUCGGAGCAGAUCUCCAUUCUGGACCUCCAGAGGUGUCAGGACUAUAACGGGUCCUGUCAUGUGUGUGUUCUGGCCAGAGACCCGUACUGCGCCUGGACAGAGGCUGGGUGCAAACCCACAGUUCCGGGAGGCAUUCAAAAUAUUGAUGGAGGACAAACUAAUGUGUGCCUUAAAACAGCAGGAGUUCAAAUAUCAGAAGAACCAAAGAAGCCCACCAGCAACAGGACCAGACGUGACACCCAGCCCUCCUCGUCCCUGAACGCCCUCGGUGCAUCGGUCCACUCUGUGCCCCUGAACGUCCCCUUCUACCUGUCCUGUCCCAUAGACUCCUACCACGCCCACUACAGAUGGGAACACCUGGGCACGACACGCCCCUGUCUGCGACUGCAGGCCAGCUGUCUCCAUCUCAUCCCCUCCAUGCAGACAGAGCACUAUGGGAACUACCAGUGUGUCUCCAAGGAGAGAGACUAUACCAGGGUGGUGAGGGUGGUCCGAGCUACACAGCUGCUGAGUAACCACAACCCAAGCAUAAUCAGCAGGCCUGCUAGACCGGUGGGAACCAUCCGUACUAACAUAGAGGACUCUAAGAACAACGGAGCAACAGCAGCUAUGGCGAUGCAAGCGGGAUGGUUCGUGACCUUUGCAGCUUUGGACAUUAUCGUGCAACUUCUGCAAUAAAAUCAUGUCCACAAUGGACUUCAUCAUGAUAUGACACUGUACAUCUGCACUCUAUAAUGGAUCCACGGUGCAUUCAGAAACUAUUCAGACUCCUUGACUUUUUCCACAUUUUGUUACGUUACAACAAAUAUAUAUUAAAAAACUCCUCAAUCUAGACACAACACCCCAUAAUGACAUCACAAUACCCCAUAAUGACAUCACAACACCCCAUAAUGACAUCACAGCCCCCCAUAAUGACAUCACAACACCCCAUAAUGACAUCACAAUACCUUGUAAUGACAUCACAAUACACCAUAAUGACAAAGCAAAAACAGGUUUUCUAAAAAUGUUUUGCUAAUGUAUUAAAAAUCAGAAAUAACUUAUUUACAUAAGUAUUCAGAGCCUUUUUUUUAUGAGACUCGAAACUGAGCUCAGGUGCAUCCUGUUUCCAUUGAUCAUCCUUGAGAUGUUUGUACAACUUGAUUGGACAUGAUUUGGAAAGACACACAACUGUCCAUAUGAGGUUCCACAGUUGACAGUUGACAUGUCAGAGCAAAAACCAAGCCAUGAGGUCGAAGGAGACAGUAUUGAGUCGAGGCACAGAUCUGGGGAAGGGUACCAAAACAUUUCUGCAGCAUUGAAGGUCCCCAAGAACACAGUGGCCUCCAUCAUUCUGCAGCAUUGAAGGUCCCCAAGAACACAGUGGCCUCCAUCAUUCUGCAGCAUUGAAGGUCCCCAAGAACACAGUGGCCUCCAUCAUUCUGCAGCAUUGAAGGUCCCCAAGAACACAGUGGCCUCCAUCAUUCUGCAGCAUUGAAGGUCCCCAAGAACACAGUGGCCUCCAUCAUUCUGCAGCAUUGAAGGUCCCCAAGAACACAGUGGCCUCCAUCAUUCUGCAGCAUUGAAGGUCCCCAAGAACACAGUGGCCUCCAUCAUUCUUAAAUGAAAGAAGUUUGGAACCGCCAAGACUCUUCCUAGAGCUGGCCGUCCGGCCAAACUGAGCAAUUAGGGGAGAACGGCCUUGAUCAGGGAGGUGACCAAGAACCCGAUGACAGAGCUCCAGAGAGAACCUUCCAGAAGGACAACCAUCUCUGCAGCACUCCACCAAUCAGACCUUUAUGGUAGAAAGGUCAGAUGGAAAACCUUCCUCAGUAAAAUACACAUGAUAACCCGCUUGGAGUUUGCCAAAAGGCACCUAAAGGACUCUCAAACCAUGAGAAACGGUAUUGAACUUGAAACAAUCACGUCUCGAGGAAACCUAUGCUGAAGCAUGGUGGUGGCAUCAUCAUGAUGUGGGAAUGUUUUUCAGCGGCAGGGACUGGGAGACUAGUCCGGAUGGAGGGAAAGAUGAACAGAGCAAAGUACAUCCUUAAUGGAAACCUGUUCCAGAGCGCUCAGGACUUCAGACUGGGGCGAAGGUUCCAACAGGACAACAACCGUAAUAACACAGCCAAGACGACGCAGGAGUGGUUUCGGGACAAGUCUCUGAAUGUCGUUCAGUGGCCAGGCCAGAGACCGGACUUGAACCCGAUGAAACAUCUCUAAAGAGACCUGAAAAUAGCUGUGCAGCGACGCUCCCCAUCCAACCUGACAGAGCUUGAGAGGAUCUGCAGAGAAGAAUGGGAGAAACUCCCCAAAUACAGGUGUGCCAAGCUUGUCGUGUCAUACCCAAGAAGACUCUAGGCUGUAAUCGCUGCCAAAGGUGCUUCAACAAAGUACUGAGUAAAGAGUCUGAAUACUUAUGUAAAUGUGAUAUUUCAGUUUUUUUUGUUUUUUUGCAGACAUUUCUAAAAACCUGUUUUUGCUUGGUCAUUAUGGGGUAUUGUGAUGUCAUUAUGGGGUAUUGUGAUGUCAUCAUAGGCUAUUGUGAUGUCAUCAUGGGGUUUUGUGUGUAGACUGCUGAGUAAAAAAAUAACAAUUGAAUACAUUUUAGAAUAAGGCUGUAAUGUAAAAACAAAAAGGGAAAAAGUCAAGGGGUCUGAAUACUUUCCGAACUUUCUCCCAUAAACCCCCCCCCCCCCGACCUCUUAUACAGUUAUAAGAGGUCGGGGGGGUUGUUAUGGGAGAACGUUUAACCUGGGUCAUGUUCAUUAGGGCACACCGUAACAAAACAUUUAAAAACCCUCCCAUGUUUCAGUCAGUUUCCUUCCGUUUGGUACUGAUUGAACAGGACCCUGUUGUGUAGGACCCAGAUCAGUCUGGGCAGGAGCCAGAGCACUUUCUUUACCACUAUGUUAGAUAGCAUCAGGACUCUGGGUGGAAGCAAUUCUGUUGCGUAGAAGAAAAUCCCUCCAAAAAUAACCACAUGAUUGUUGAUCCAGGGCAGAAGGCUCAGGAUAAGAGCAGUUAAGGACAAUUCGAUUGUUAGUCACUUGGGGUAAACAGGCUAAAGAGGCACUGUCAUUGCAUUAGCAAGGUCCAGCAGGUACUGACUCGGUCAUUGCCGCCGUGUGUUUGGUGAAGCCCUGGCCUUUUGUACCCAAAGACACUUGGCAAUGACCUGCAGCACUGCUUAGCUCCACCAGUUCAGUUGAGGUCUCCUGGGAUGUGACAACAGCUUGGCCCAGAUCCAGACACACCCUCUGAUAACAGUUGAGUUAUUUUCAGAGGAAAGGGUGGGGUGUUCUCUAGGGGUGAAACAUCAGAGAAUAGUUAACACCCUUUCCCUGAAAGACUCUUCUGUCCCAACUCCUCCUGGACUGGACACAACAUCAACACUUCAACACAACAGUGUCCUCCUCCCCUUCCUCCUCCUCCCCCUCCUCCUCCCCUUCCUCCCCUUCCUCCUCAUCCCCCUCCUCCCUUUCCUCCUCCCCUUCCACCUCCUCCUCCUCCUCCUCCUCUUCCUCCUCCCCUCCCCUUCCACCUCCUCCUCCUCCUCCCCUUCCUCUCCCCCCCCCUCCUCCUCCUCCUCCUCCUCCCCUCCCCUUCCACCUCCUCCUCCUCCCCUUCCUCCUCCUCCUCCUCCUCUUCCACCCCCCCUUUUCCUCCCUGUAUCAUUGAGUUAUGAGGCUGAACACACUCCCAGAAGGGUGCACACACAUACACAUAGACACACAACCACCCAAGUGCUGGGGGUAAAUCAUGUUUUUGGCACCACACGGAUGGAGUAGGACUGAAUAAGGACACGUGGAUCUGUAUCAGUGGAGGCUCCUCAGAGGAGGAAAGGGGAGGGCCAUCCUCCUCAGGCACCAUACAGGCUUGAUUAGACUAGUGAGCAACACCAUUUUUUAUUUAUUAAAAACAUAUUUAUUUCACCUUUAUUUAACAAGUUCUCAUUUACAACUGUGACCUGGUCAAGAUAUAGUAAAGCAGUGUGACACAAACAACAACACAGAGUUACACAUGGAGUAAACAAAUGUACAGUCAAUAAUACAAUAGAAAAGUCUAGAUACAAUGUGUGCAAAUAUAGUAAGAUUAGGGAGGUAAGGCAAUAAAUAGGCCUUAGUGGCGAAAUAAUUACAUUUUAGCAAUUAAACACUGGAGUGAUAGAUGUGCAGAAGAUGAAUGUGCAAGUAGAGAUACUGGGGUGCAAAGGAGCAAAAUAAAUAAAAUAAAUAACGGUAUGGGGAUGAGGUAGUUGGAUGGGAUAUUUACAGAUGGGCUAUGUACAGGUGCAAUGAUCUGUGAGCUUCUCUGACAGCUGGUGCUUAAAGCUAGUGAGGGAGAUAUGAGUCUCCAGCUUCAGUGAUUUUUGCAAUUUGUUCCAGUCAUUGGCAGCAGAGAACUGCAAGGAGAGGCGGCCAAAGAGGAGUUGGCUUUGGGGAUGACCAGGGAGAUAUACCUGCUGGAGUGUGUGCCUAUGUGUGGGUGUUGUUAUGGUGACCAGUGAGAUACACCUGCUGGAGCGUGUGCCUACGUGUGGGUGUUGUUAUGGUGACCAGUGAGAUACACCUGCUGGAGCGUGUGCCUACGUGUGGGUGUUGCUAUGGUGACCAGUGAGCUGAGAUAAGGUGGGGCUUUACCUUGCAAAGACUUAUAGAUGACCUGGAGCCAGUGGGUUUGGCGACAAAUAUGAAACGAGGGCCAGCCAACGAGAGCAGGUCGCAGUGGUGGGUGGUAUAUGGGGCUUUGGUGACAAAACGGAUGGCACUGUGAUAGACUGCAUCCAGUUUGCCGAGUAGAGUGUUGGAGGCUAUUUUGUCAAUUACAUUGCCGAAGUCAAGGAUAGGUAGGAUAGUCCGUUUUACGAGGGUAUGUUUGGCAGCAUGAGUGAAGGAUGCUUCUUUGUGAUAUAGGAAGCUAAUUCUAGGUUUCAUUUUGGGUUGGAGAUGCUUAAUGUGAGUCUGGAAGGAGAGUUUACAGUCUAACCAGACACCCAGGUAUUUGUAGUUAGCCUGUCAUUAUAUCAAACAGUAUAUUCUUUGUUUUAUUUAUUUAUAGGGGACAAUGCACAUCAAUCAACAUCUAUAUUACAAUAAUGCAAUACCCAUGUAAAUGUGCCCGGGUGUUAGCCAAUAGCUAAUUAGCACCAGGACAGGUAAGGACAAUUACACAAGUCACACAAUACAAAAUACUCACUAAAACAAUACCAAAUACAUUACAUCCAAUAAUAUAUAAUACAUCAUUCUAAUCACAACAACAACAACACCAUCAUCAACUGUCGUCAUAUGAAGAACCCCAGAUAACUCGUGUACAGGUGUGGAUACAUUUUUAGCCAAUAAUAUUGUAGCUCUUAACAGAUUGGCCGAUUGUUUCUGUGUUGAAAAGGGACAACGUUUUCCCCCUCUAGUUACUGCCCUUGUUCUCCGAGAGGUGCUUUCAUUGAUAUGCCGACAUAGGGGGGGUGGAGACCAUGCAGGAUCUUAAAGACGAGGCUUGCAAUCUACAUACUAUCCAGACUAAAUAAAUUAUGUUUGUAAAUGACAA